CUGAAUUAAGUAUCUUUGUUUUUCUUCAUCUGGGUCGGUAAUGGCGAGCUGGGUCUUGUCAGAAUGUGGUGUCAGACCCCUCCCCCCCUCUCGGGGAUUCCCUCGACCCAGAACUCGAUGUUUUUCUAACGACACCACCAAGUUUAGAUUGCCCGUUCGUCCAACAGAUCUCAGUCGCCUUGCCAUCUGCUGCGUCUCUGGUGGUGGUUCCAGAGGUAGAGAGUGGGGGUUGAAGGUGAGCGCUCCUUUGAAGGUCCCUUCCAUCGACGGAGAGGACAAAGAGGCAGAGAAGAUGGGCUUGAAUGGUGUGAAUGGGAUUAAUGGGAUCGGCGAAGAAGACGGUUUCGAUCCAAGUAAUCCCCCUCCCUUCCGUUUGGCCGACAUUCGAGCAGCCAUACCCAAACAUUGUUGGGUUAAGGAUCCAUGGCGCUCAAUGAGCUAUGUUGUUAGAGAUGUGGUUGUGGUUCUUGGGUUGGCUGCUGCUGCCGCUUAUCUCAACAAUUGGCUUGUCUGGCCUCUCUAUUGGGCUGCGCAGGGAACCAUGUUCUGGGCUCUCUUUGUUCUUGGCCAUGAUUGUGGCCAUGGAAGCUUUUCCAACAACCCUCGGUUAAAUAGUGUUGUUGGGCAUAUCCUCCAUUCCUCAAUCCUUGUACCCUACCAUGGAUGGAGAAUUAGCCACAGAACACAUCAUCAGAACCAUGGGCAUGUCGAGAACGACGAAUCCUGGCACCCGUUACCAGAAAGGAUCUAUAAAGGGUUGGAUGACAUUACCAAAAAGAUGAGGUUUACGGUGCCUUUCCCUUUGUUGGCAUAUCCAAUCUAUCUGUGGAGUAGAAGUCCUGGAAAGAAAGGAUCCCAUUUCGAUCCCAACAGUGACCUCUUUGUUCCCAGCGAAAAGAAGGAUAUUCUCACCUCCACCCUGUGUUGGUCGGCAAUGGCCACAUUGCUUGUGGGAUUGAGCUUUGUGUUUGGACCAGUUCAAAUGCUUAAGCUUUAUGGGGUUCCCUAUAUGAUUUUCGUCAUGUGGCUUGAUUUAGUGACCUACUUGCAUCACCAUGGCCACGAGCAAAAACUUCCUUGGUACCGUGGGAAGGAAUGGAAUUACUUAAGAGGAGGGCUAACUACUCUUGAUCGUGAUUACGGAUUGAUUAACAAUAUACACCAUGAUAUAGGGACCCAUGUGAUUCAUCAUCUCUUCCCACAAAUACCACAUUAUCACUUAAUUGAAGCGACUGAAGCUGCUAAGCCUGUUCUUGGGAACUACUACAGGGAACCGAAGAAAUCCAGCCCUCUACCAUUUCACUUGAUUGGAUAUCUAAUAAGGAGUAUGAAAAAUGACCACUUUGUUAGUGAUACAGGGGAUGUUGUAUACUACCAGACUGACCCCAAUCUUUUUGGUUCUUCGGGGAAGAAGUCAGAGUAGAAGAAUUAUUCAAGCUUAGCCGAAAUAGGGGAAGAUUCUAACACUGCUUAGAAUAAUUUUUCAAGCUAAAUGCUAUGGAGGAGGAACUCCCAUUCUGCUACCCAGUAAUUGUUUUUAAUAAUUUUCUUCCAAAAUCCUGAAGUGGAGAUGGUAUUCCUCACAAAGACAGUUGAAGCCUGAACUGGAUAAAGCCUAGUUUAUAGUUAGCUUUAGUAUAUAAUAUUUGAUUAUAAGUGGCCCCUGUAGUGAAAGUAAGCAUUUGUAGCUAUUUAUGCUGAAAGAAAUUUUGUUUUCAGCAUGCUCUGACCAUUUUCAAUUAAAAGAUUGAGAUGGGAACAGAAAGAAAGAGAAAUUUUU